AUUCAUAGUAAAAAAAACCAUAAAUUUUCCUUCCAAGAGUAUCAAUUAUUUUUGGCUUCUGGGUAUAGCUUAUAAUUCAAAUUAUUAACCUUUUAUUUUUUAAAGACAAUGAUUUUGCCAUUGUUGAAAUUGUAUGACAAAGGAAUUAGUGUUGUUAAAAGCUAUUACUUUUGGAUUUUCCAGAUUUUUAAUACUUAUAGGAUUGAAACUUAAGAACCAAAUUUCAUUAUUUUCUUGUUUCAUUUCCUUAAAAGUUAUAAGCGAUUGUGUAGUUAGAUAAAGAAAUUUAAGUAACAUUGAGAUAAUGGGAGGGCCAUCAUUGCCACCAGGUUUUCGUUUUCAUCCUACUGAUGAAGAAUUGAUUGGAUAUUACCUCAAAAGAAAAACUGAAGGGCUUGAAAUUGAGCUCGAAGUCAUUCCCGUUAUCGAUUUGUAUAAGUUUGAUCCUUGGGACUUACCAGAGAAGUCGUUCCUUCCAAAACGAGACUUGGAAUGGUUUUUUUUCUGCCCUAGGGAUCGAAAGUACCCGAACGGGUCGAGAACAAACCGUGCCACCAAGGCCGGAUAUUGGAAGGCAACGGGGAAGGACAGGAACGUAGUGUGCCAAUCGGCAGUAAGCGGGUACCGUAAGACACUGGUUUUCUACCAGGGACGUGCCCCUUUAGGGGAUCGAACUGAUUGGGUUAUGCACGAGUACCGACUCUCUGAUCAGCCUGAAACAUCAACUAAUCAGGGUGCUUAUGCCUUGUGUCAUGUCAUGAAAAGGAAUGAAUCAAAGGCGAGUGACACUAAUGGAGAAUUCAGAGCCACAAGGGUCAAAACCAGGUCAACUAAUACGAAACUCACAUCGACCUGGACCUGCAACAAGCCCUUAAGCACUUCUGGUGACAUUUCGUGUCAAACAUGUUACCCCAACAGCGAGAGCCAUUAUUCAAGCCCUAUCACUUCUCCCCCUCAUGAUGUCACACAAUUGCAACCAUUUGAACCCAUUUCAGUCAAUAUCGAUCUAGCCAACGUUUGGCUCUCACCUGAUCUAAUUCUUGAUUCUUCAAAGGAUUACCCACAAAUAUGUGAAACAGCAGCUCAAUACUUCCCACAAUAUGAGUUUCCAAGCACAUUGACCCCAUGGCAACAAUAUGAACACAGCAAUUUCUCCCCUAGUACAUUGUACUCGAAUUUUGGGGAAAUCGAGCACGUCAAUGAUCUUGGUCUGUACUCAGGACAUGCAAAUAACAUGGACUUCUAUGAUAAUGAAGGGUAUGGCCAAAUUGGUUCAUUCAACGUAUGAACCCAUUUUGAGAAAAGGAAGCAAAUGACCAUAGUAGCUCUUGUUUUCAAGCAAAUGAGAGUACCUGUUUUGUCUUAAUGUUAGAAGGGGACUCUUAAGACAACAGCCUUUUUAAUGUUGGUUCUUGGGCAACAACCCCUUGUAUUGCCAUUAUGCUCCAUUAAGAUUGUUGUGUCUUUGGUUUUUAAAUGAACCCAUGGUGGUAAUCACUUCUAAAGAUUGUGCACCAUGGGUUUGUUUUGUUCUAUGAUCAUCUUCCAAUUUAAUACUUCAAGCAAUAAUAUAGUUGAAGCAAGAAAUCUCUUCAACAUUUUGCUCUUUUUAAUUACAAAGAA